CGGAACUGAAGUGACCGGAGCGCUGCUGUCGGGGAAGGAGUUGUGCGCCGCACCGGAAGUGGAGCCGGAAGUGCUGUUGUUUUGGGUUGAGGAGCUCAGGAUGUUCGCUGGUUUACCGGAGCUCGGUGUCGCCAACGGAGAAGAUCUGAAGGAGACUCUGGCCAACUGCACCGAACCCCUGAAAGCCAUAGAACAGUUCCAGAUUGAAAAUGGAGUACUGCUACCCUCUUUGCAAUCAGCUCUGCCAUUCCUGGAUUUGCACAGUAUCCCACGGCUGGAGUUCCAUCAGACUGUAUUUGAUGAGCUGAGGGAGAAACUCCUGGAGAGGGUCUCAGUCAUUGCGUCGGAAGGAAAGAAUGAGGAGAGGUACAAGAAGUUAGAGGAUCUUUUGGAGAAGUGUUUUGUUUUAGUAAAGAUGCCCUCUAUACAGCCAGUAGUCAUGUGUGUUAUGAAGCAUCUGCCAAAGGUACCUGAGAAGAAGUUGAAGCUGGUUAUGGCAGAUAAAGAACUGUACAAGGCUUGUGCCGUGGAAGUAAAGAGACAGAUUUGGCAGGAUAAUCAGGCACUUUUUGGGGAUGAAGUUUCCCCUUUGCUAAAACAGUAUAUUUUGGAGAAAGAGACUGUUCUACUCAGCAAUGACCUUUCUGUACAUCACAACUUCUUCAGCCCCUCCCCCAAAGCUAGACGUCAGGGCGAGGUGGUACAAAAGUUGACCCAGAUGAUUGGGAAGAAUGUGAAGCUCUAUGAUAUGGUCCUGCAGUUUCUACGGACGCUCUUCCUUAGGACACGCAAUGUACAUUAUUGUACUCUUAGAGCCGAGCUGCUCAUGUCCCUUCACGAUUUGGACAUUAGUGAGAUCUGCUCUGUGGAUCCCUGCCACAAGUUUACGUGGUGUCUGGAUGCCUGUAUCAGAGAAAAAUUUGUUGAUGCCAAGAGGGCGCGGGAACUGCAGGGCUUCCUAGACGGAGUGAAGAAGGGGCAGGAGCAGGUUCUUGGAGAUUUGUCCAUGAUCCUUUGUGACCCAUUUGCUAUCAACACUUUAGCACUAAGUAGCAUCCGAAAUCUUCAGGAGCUCAUCAGCCAGGAGUCCUUACCACGGGACAGUCAAGAACUGCUGCUUCUACUGAGGAUGCUAACUCUGGGGCAUGGAGCCUGGGACAUGAUUGACAGCCAGGUCUUCAGGGAACCAAAACUGGACCCCGAUCUCAUCACUAAAUUCUUGCCCCUGAUGAUGUCAUUAGUAGUGGACGAUUACACAUACAACGUCGAACACAAGCUGCCGACCGAGGAGAAAGUGCCAGUCACUUAUCCAAAUACAAUUUCAGAAAUCUUCACAAAGUUUCUCCAGGAGAAUAGAGUUGCUUGUGAAGUUGGUCUCUAUUACAUGCUGCAUAUUACCAAACAGAGGAAUAAGAACUCCGUACUGCGUGUGCUACCAGCUCUCAAGGAGACUUUCAAUGACACAUCUUUCACAGACAUCUUCUUGCACCUUUUCACCACUUAUCUCACCCUGCUGUCUGAGGAGUUUGGAUCCGAGGAAUUUUGCACCAGUGUCUUUGAUGGUUUCUUUCUAACAACCUUCACAAAGAAAGAAAAUGUACACAGACAUGUCCUCCGGUUAUUACUUCAUCUGCACCACAAGGUGGCACCAACCAAGCUGGAGGCACUACAGAAAACGCUGGAGCCUUCAAAGACGAGCGGAGAUGCUGUGAAAGAGUUACAUACCCAGCUGAACGACAAGCUGCAACAGAAAAAACCUAGCCCCCCUCCAGCAGACCCAGAAACGCCGACCAUGGAUCUGUCCUUGCAUGCUGUCACGACUCCUCCCAUUAUUUGAUAAACUCAUGUUGUAAAUCCAAGUGAACAAUCUGCUGUCACACAUCACGGGACAUUCACGUCCAUCUUAUCUGGUGCUUUCUAAUGUUCGUAAAGGAAUAUUGCUACCUACUGGCCAUCACACACUGCAACGGCUCGGGUUUUACUGGAAUUGUAGCAACCAUUGAGACUUCUUAGUUCAUUCACAAAGUCCUGACGCUUUCCAAGGCGGUGUAUAAAAACUGAGACUGU